UGAAAAUGGCCGCGGCCACAGAAGCUCACGGAGUGUCAACAACACCACAGGAUAUUUUGAAUGAAGUGAAUCGCUUUUUACGUGGAGCAAGCUAUGACAGUAAAAUUGGAGAAGAAAGCCUUGCCCAGUCAGCGCUGUUCCUGUUGCGGACGAUGCCUGCAGCCAGACAUGCAGUGUUGGAACACUUCUGUAAUGUCUUUGAUGAGGCAGUCAACAACCAUCUAUUACAGAUGGAACUGGGACAAAGUGUUACAGAUGAGACUGUGAAGACAAAGGAGGGAAUCCUACAGGACAUCUCUGGGGUGCUACUCAGUUUCAUCCAAGUCAACCCAGAAGCCUGGGCUCCCAUCAUCUCCGCUUGGUCCCUGGAGCUUUUGGGUCACAUCAGCUGUAAGUAUGCUGAGAAGCGAGGGAUGACUCACUCGAGUUCCCUGAACGAGGUCCUGCAGCUGUGGAUGACCUGCUCCCCUACCAAGCUUCUCAUGGAACUUGCCUCCGAGUGUUUCGCAGCCAUGGUUGGGGGAGCUCCUGACAUCUGUGUAGAUGCUCUGCUUGAGGCUUCAGUCAAGUACAGUCCACACUUUGACUGGGUUGUAGCUCACAUUGGAUCGUGCUUCCCGAAGAUGAUCAUUACUCGAGUGUUGAACUGUGGUCUGAAGGAUUUCUGUAACCUGGGAACCGAUAUGUCAGAGAGGGACAUGUCAUCACGACAAAAACUGCCCAAAAUGGCAUCAGUUGUAGGAAUUCUCGGACAUCUUGCCUCCAAGCAUGGACAAGAUAUCAGACGUGCACUCAUGAAACUAUUUGAGGAGAGUUUAUGUGGAGAGAGUGAUGUGAUGAAGGUGAAGACAGUGCCGUUCCUGCUGCAGCUGGCGUCCAUGUCGCAGAUGUUGCUGCAGGUGCUCACUACAGACAUGAUCAAGGCCUUGACACCUGACGUUCUCAACAAACUUCACGGCCAGUUCUCCAAGUGGAAGAUGGCAAACUUGAAAGAAUACGAGAGCCUGCUCAGUCUAGUGGUCCACUUGGCAGUGAAGAGCGAUGUUGGCGGUUACGAUGUUGUGGAGUUCCUCAUCACAGCUGCUGCACCCAAACCCCAGCAGGAUGGAAUGGAGGUCACUUGUCCUGUGAAGGAAGUCCAGGAUGCAUGCCACGAACUGAUGGAUAAGCUGAUCUAUGAAAUCCAACACACAAUUCACUCCCGGAAGAAGAACAUGCCCAACCAGGAUCUGCCUCUCCUCGCCGGGCUGGCCGCUGAAGUCCACCGACUUCUCAAACUCCUCAUAGAGAGCGAGGGACAGAGCCACCUGUGGGUGCAGCAGAUUUUGACAUUCGUCGCUCUGUACUCCGGCCAGUCCUGUGCUGCCACCAUCUUGUCAGGAGUCAUCGCGCAGUCAGUCCGACCGAUGCAGUCGACAGUGUUUCUGAGACUCCAGAAGGGAAUAGAGAUCGGCAUCCCUAACCUCAUUACAACCACCAUGCGAUACGUGUUUGACCUGCUACAACCUCACACAUCAACCAAUCAGCACCGACUUCUGAAAAAUCUGCUGUUCCUCAUCCAAUGGGAGAAAAAGACGACAUCAUUCAAGACAAAGACAACCAGUUCCCAGCUGCGGAAGUGUCUGGAGAAGCACCUGUUGUCGCUGUCGGAGUUGCUGCUCCAUCCCAGCCGCGACAUCUCCUCAACCGUGCUGCAGAUCCUCAGCCACAUCCAGAUCCCAGCAACGCUCCAGACCUCCGUGCUCAUCUGUCUGUGCUCCAACCUCACCUGUACAUUCUUCACCAUGUUGAAAUAUACAGAUGAUGCCAAGACUUUGCGGAAUGUGCGCCUAUGCAAGAGCUGUUUUCGCCAGCUGCAUCGCCAUUCUUCAGCACAAUGUAUGCUGAUACAGUUCCUGACUGAAGGUGCAACCUCCCAGGAGAACUGCUUUUGUUUGGAGGGAAGUUUGAUUCUACAUCCGAAAAAGAGUUUGCAGUCUCAAGACACUGUCUCCUUGUUUAUGGAGAACCAGCAGAGAGCCAUGUCCAUGACCUUACCGAAAACUUCAUCCAGUGUCUUCCAUGCAGGGGUCAUAGGUCAAGGUCUAAAACCACAGCCAAUCAAAAAUAAUUAUUCAAAGGAGCAAAUUUCUCGCAACAUUCAAAGUCUUGUUGAUGCCCUGCUCAACUGUUGCCAAGAAAUUGUUGCUAGGGACGACAGUAUGUAUGACUCCAUGGAAACGGAAGUGAAGGAGACAAGAAGUCAGAACAUUGACGAGGUAGCUGCACGGACUCUGAGUAGUGUGUUGGUUGAGCUGGCCACUCCAGACAUGCUGUACAAUGACACACACUGGCCAGAGGAGGAGUUUCUCCGGAUCUCACUUGAGAGGGACCUGCUGGUGUGGCGCCAGAUGGAGGAACACCCCGUCGUGUGGAACAUUUUCUUAGCCUUCUCACACAGUUCCAGUGUCGUCUGCUUCCUGUCACCAGUGUUUAGAUGCAUUAUGGGUACCGUCCUGAAUCACUUUGACAACAGCCGUGAGAAGGCAAUGAGGAACUCACCCCAGUAUUAUGAUGCAGCCUGCAGACUUGUCCAGUGCCUUGGGAGGAGCAAGAUGCUGCCCUCCCCGCUGGGCCACGUGGUGGACUUGUUCCACUUUGUCACACCCUAUGAAGGCUAUCUGCUGCUGAUUGCUAUCUGGAGAUACAUCAAGGAGAAUCCCCCCACCAUCACAAGGAAAGAUUUAGACAGCAGAGUCUGUGACAAAUACACUGAAGUGAUCCAGUCCAUCAUCCACUCCAACAUCGACAAGAUGGGCCACCUUUACCAACGCUUCUUCCACCAGUCCACCAGUCAGUAGUGAAACCCAGGCUAGUUGGUCAAAGGUCAUGUCACUUUUGACCAAUAGCAGUGCUUCAACAAGAAACAUUCGAGCUCAUCACAUGACCUCACAUUCACUGGCUGGAGGUUAAAGGUCUCUGCACUGUAUGGGGUUAAAAGUGUUCAAGCAAAACAGAUGUGGUAACAACAAGAAAAGUACAAAUUAGAGUUCUUGAUGACUGUUGAUGGAUCUCAUAAAUGAACAUAUCAGAUUAUAUGCCAGGAGUUGCUGUCAGUCGUUUGUUUGUACAAUUGAUGGAGACAGCUUGACAGCUGAAGAGUAGGGCUGGAAUGGUUGAAGUGUGUAUCACACUACCAGUGUUGUAUCAUGAAGUACAACGAAGGAAGUGUGUUUAUGCAACAGAUCAGAUGCAUUAUAUGGUUGAUAUUGACAUAAUGACUAGAGCUGGGACCAUACACUAUGUCACGAUAAGAUACGCAUCGCGAUAUUUUGCCUGCGAUACAAUACGUAUCACAAUACAUACACCUUGAAAGAAUGACACAGUACUAAGAUUUAAAAUGAAUGUCCAGUAGUGGCCAAAUAUUACCGUACAGACAGCUGGUUUAUCGUGAGUUGUAAACUUUUAAACUUGCGUAUUUUUCUGUAAAUAAGUACUUUAACAUGUUUAAGAUAAUACUGUUUUGAAAAAAAAGUUGUGUAUCGUUUUGUAUCAAUACUGUCAAUACACCAGUCGACGAUACGAUAGCUGUGUCAAACUUAAAUGUAUCGCAAUGUAUUGGUGCAUCGGUGAAUCGUCCCAGCCCUAGUAAUGACUGCAGGACCAGAUGGUUGUGUGUUCAACUCUUAGAUCGACCUUGUUAUGAGACUUUGACUUGUCAAAUCUAUACCUGUGUUCAAGGAUUUCAUCAAAGUGGAACAUGUUUACAACCUGUGUUGCACUUGGCUUUCCUCCCCACAGUGAGAUAGUGACCAGUAAUAACACUGAAAUACUGUUCACAGCCGUGAUAAUCCAGAAACUCUGGCCAAGGCCAACACCUCAGUAAACAGUGUUGUCAUUGGUGGUGUGUUUAAUGGGUCACAAGACCAGAAGACUUCAUGAAAGAAAAAGUGCUAAACAUUUCCACACUUUUUAUAAUGAUGUAUAAAAUAUGAAAUAAAACCAAAUAUUGAUGA